UUUUUAUUUUCUAUUAUAAUAUGUAUGAGUGCUACCCUGUUUUGAGCGUUAUAUUCUUUUGUCGCAUUUUACUCAGUGAUCUUUUGUCAUGUUUUACUCGUAGUGGUUUUUUGUCGGAUUUUGCUCCUUGUUGUCUUUUGUCGCAUCUUAGUCAUAAUCCCCUUUUGUCGCAUUUUACCCAUAAUUCUCUUAUGUCGUAUUUUAUCGGUGUGAUCUUUUGUCGAAUUUUCGACUUUUUGAGAUUAUGUAUUUUUUUAUUUUUAUAUUAUGCCAAUUUGCCUAAAAUUAAAAAUUUUUUUUUUGUUUGCCACAUUUUAUUUAUUUUUAUUAAUUUGUUUUAGAACUUUAGAAGUUUUGUUUUAUUUUAUCUUCAAAUUUAUCAGCAACAUGACAAGAAUUACUUUAUUCUCCAAAACUCUUAAUUAUUCAUCAACAACUACCCAAGAAAAGCCAUCCAAACUUCAUUUAAAUGUUGGAACAAUUGGGCAUGUUGAUCAUGGAAAGACUACUUUAUCUUCUGCAAUUACAAAAUGUUUGUUUCUUUUUCUUUUCUUUUUUCUAAAUUUUUUUUAA